UAAUUUUUUUCAAUCGUUCGGUUUGAUUGCUGCAGUUCGCCCGUUCCCGAGUCACCACAGUAUUGUUGGCAUUGCUGGCAAGACUCAGACGUCGCAACCAUGUUGUCCAUCGUGGCAAUGGUAAUUCCCCUGGGGCUCCUUCUGCGAACCGCUAGCGGAACCCGAGAGCAUGAUAAACAUACGACCUCGACUUAUGUUGGUGUAUCCACCAUCGUGGACUAUGUCACGGUCAUUGAAACGAAGACAUCCACUCAUUGGGUCGACGUGAGCAUCAACAGCACGGUUAUAAACACCGUAACCCUGUGCUCGACGGAGAUUGAGACGAAAACGCUCACGGAAACAAUCACUGAGGAGAAAACAACAACCAUCACCAACACCACGACGACCACCGUCACUGACACGGCCUCGGUAACACUCACAGAGACAGACACCAAAACAACCACGGCUGUUGAGACAGUUAACAGCACCACAACCACCACCGCCAUUGAUACCGACUCGGUAACACUUACAGAGACGGACUACACGACAACCACGGCUAUCGAAACAGCCAACAGCACCACGACAACUACAGACACGGCUACCGUGACAAGCACGGCCACCGACACAGACUCGGUGACGCUCACGGAGACGAAGACAACUGGAACUACCACAACCACGACCGACACAACGGCAGUCACUGAAACCGACUCGGUGACCAUUUCAACCACGACCACUCGUACCAUCUUCUCCACCACCUACGACCCGUGCCCGAAGUCAUGCAGCAUCUCUGCCGACACCGUCCGGCUCUUCUUCUGGCCCACCGACAGGCCAUUCACCUACCCCUCUACCCACGUCCACCCAACCUUCGGCUACACCUUCACCUCCCCGUCGGUGUACAUGCUCAUCCCAACAGCCGUCGGCACCAACAUAGCCAGCGCAACCGUGGGGCCGUCCACCACAAGCUGGCUCCUCCCGCUCCAGCUGCACGAGGUAUCCACCAUCGCGGCUGGCAACGCGACCCGGCAGCUUACCCUCAGCGACCUGCGCACCGACUGCCCGCAGAACGUCGCCGUCGCCGAUCCGACCGCCAUCGCCGAGCUCGACCCGCGCUGCAACCCCGUGCUGGCGGCGCCGAGCCAGGUCCGCUCGUGGGCCUAUCCGUGCAAUGCCUGUGGGCGGUUCGGCAUGUUUGAUCCGCCGUAUGCGGUCCCGACUUUGACGGGGAGACUGGUCGAGACGACAUCGACUUUGACUUCGACGCUGACCUUUGUGACGCCCACGGUGACGCCGCCGACGGCACCUUCUUCGGCAGCCGAAUCGUCGGUUGUUGUUACGACUACUAGGAUCAGUACUGGUGUUGUGGAGAGUGCUACAGGUGCGCCUGGGUCGAGCGGUGGUAGUGUUGGGCUCAGUAGUGUGCUGGGAGUGACUCCUGAUGAGGGUGCCAGUGUUACGGGCGAUGUGCCUAGCUCGAGUCUUGGUGCUACGUCGAGUGUUGUGGCGACAGCUGCUGGUUCGAGGCCUGGUUUGGGAGGAGAGCUGGGCAUGUGGCUGGUUCCCGUUCUGGGUACUGUUAUUCUGAUGGUAUGACUGUGAGCUUGGAUAAGGUAGACGUUCAUGAGGUACUUCUUUUUGAAUAGGGUUUGUGCAGG